GCCGCUUCCAUUAUGGAAAAUAACCAUUCGACUAAUUUUGUGAUAGAAAUGACAUCAGUGUUUGAAUCGACUACCACAAGUCCUCCUACUGGAAUUGAAGAGUUUGGGAUUAUAUACGGCAAGAUACACGGUCAUCUCAGUAUUUUUGUGUGCAUUUUUGGAAUAAUCUCCAAUGUGCUGAACAUUAUUGUACUGACACGCAAACACAUGCUGUCACCCACCAACUUCAUCCUGACGGCCCUGGCCAUCGCGGACAUGCUCACCAUGACCACCUACCCAAUAAUGGCCAUCUACAUCAACAUCCUCACAGGGCCCGACUGCAUCAACAAGCACCACCCGCGGGAGUGGAUGUACUUCAUUCUCUUCCACAACCUGUUCAUCGUGACGUGCCACAACAUCGCCAUGUGGCUCACUGUGUCGCUGGCCGUAUUCCGCUACAUCUUCGUCUGCAUGCCGACGCGGGCGAUGACGCUGUGCACGUCCGACCGGGCCAAGCUCACUGUGGCCAUUGUGGUGGUGGGCACCAUCAUCAUAUGCACACCCAACUACGUCAUGUACCAGGUGGUGGACUACAACGCCAACACUAACCUGACGUACUGCUACAUCAUCGCUGACAGCAACUUUGCGCUCGACCACCCGCAGUAUACGCAGUUUACCAAGUGGCUGUACGGUGUGGUGAUCAAGAUCCUGCCGUGCAUCCUGCUCACCUUCCUCAGCGCGCUGCUCAUCUCAGCCAUGCAGCAGGCACGGCGCAGGCGAGUCCGCCUCCUCAGCUCGUCCAACCGUGCCUCGGGCCAUGACCACCAGAGCAGCGAGCACAACCGCACCACCAUGAUGCUGGUGAUGGUCGUCCUCUUCUUUGUGAUCACCGAACUUCCUCAGGGCAUCGUGGCACUCAUCGGCGGCAUCAGCGACCACUUCUGGAACAACGUGUACGUGCACCUUGGCGACUUCAUGGAUAUACUCGUUCUCGUGAACAGCGCCGUCAACUUCAUACUCUACUGCAUCAUGAGCCAGCAGUUCCGCAGUGCGUUCCGCAACCUGUUCGUGGGCAAGAACAUGCCCUCGCUCAUGAAGAAGAACACCAAGGAGAACGGUACACCCACCUAUAGUGUAGUCAAAACGGAGGUCACUCAGCUAUAAAAUCAAUCAUAUUUAGCUCUUGGUUUUAAUUUUAGUUUUAUUUAUUCGGUCCUUCAAGUUUGCCAAUUGUAAAAAAAAAAAAAUUAAAAAUCAUGUAUGGUAUACAAGAAGAAUCCCCCAAAGGCUGUGAUUUAGGAAAGUUGCUUAGUGGAAGGUUAAGGCAAUCAGUAUUUUUAGA